UUCAGACAUCCUCGGUAUUGAAUUACCAAUGAAGGGAUACUAUUAUCCAUUGCACCUUGAACUGAUGUUCUUGAGAUUGAUUGCACCUUGAACUGAUGUUCUUGAGAUUGAUCUGCCGCAGAAGGCUGCGCAACAGUUUGGUUGAAGAUUUCCCAUUUGAUGGAUUAUUAUAGCACAAAUGGGAAUUAGGAGUUCCUAUUUCCUCGUCUUCACCUCUUAUCUCCACUUGAUCCGAUCUCCCACAAAAGGAUCUUAACUAGCUAAUGAACAUAGCUAAUGAACUCCCAAGACUCGUUUCAUAAUAUCUUGUGUCUUUUUUGCGUCCUCCGUCUCUCCCCCAAGUGCUCAAACUGUUCGGUAACAGGAAAUAAAUGGAUUAAUGGGGGCACGGAAAGACAAAAAAGGACAAAUUUUCAACAUCUAUGACAGCAUAAUCUUUGAAUAUCGAAUAGAGAGAGGGACCUACCAGGUAAAUGAGCAAGAUCAAGAUCGGAUCAAGAGGUGAAGACGGGAAAUAGGAACUCCUAAUUCUCAACCAAACUGCCGCCUAAUUCUGAUCAUCCGAUUCUUCUGAUAAGAGCUGUCGAUAGAAGAAAAGAUCACACCGUACCCCAGCUCCAUUUCUCAUUUGCUGCGUACCCUAGCUCCAUUUCUCAUUUGCUGCUACUCCGCCAUCCACAACCUGAAGCAGAACAAUCUCAAGAACAUCAGUUCAAGGUGCAAUGGACAAUAGUAUUCCUUUAUCGGUAAUUCGAUACCGAGAAUGUCUGAAGAAUCACGCAGCAAGUACUGGAGGCUACGUUCUAGACGGCUGCGGCGAGUUCAUGCCAAAUGGAGAGGAUGGAACUCCUGAGGCCUCUAAGUGUGCAGCAUGUGAAUGCCAUCGGAACUUUCACCGAAAAGAGAUGAGAGACGAGCUGCUCUCACAGCAAGCUUUCCUCGGUGCUUUCUUCAUCUCCAAAUCGGUCAGAAACAAUGGCCAUCGCAGUGAUGGGCCUCGUCACCAUCAUUUACCGGCAGUUCCAAUUUCUUCGAUGAUGAUGGCAUUUGGAGGAGGAAGCAAUGGAGCUCCGGAUGAGUCUUCCAGUGAGGGCCUGAAUAUGUAUUAUCCGUCUGAUAAUGGAGCCCGGGAGCUGUUCUGUCAGCAGACACAACUGAUGAAGAAACGAUUCAGGACAAAGUUCACACAGGAACAGAAGGAGAAGAUGGUAGAAUUUGCUGAAAAGUUGGGGUGGAAGAUUCAGAAACAUGAUGAACUAGAAGUGCAGCAGUUCUGCGAUGAGGUGGGCGUAAGGAGGCAAGUUUUCAAGGUUUGGAUGCACAACAAAAAACAAGCCAUGAAGAAGAAACACAUGUAAGAACGUAAUACAAGUUUUACUACAAACCCAUUUCGUGAAAUAAUGCAUCCAUGGUUGUGCACAGUCCUAAUUAGGCUUUGAAAGAGUGAAGAGAGUUAAUAUUCGGUUGUUGAAUGAAUAUAUCUCAAUACCAAUUUGUCAUGUUA